AGCUUUAGACCAGAAGAGGGUCCUGGAGGCGCCUGGCAGGCACGGGGCGGGCGCUGCCCUCCCAGCGGUGGGUGAGAAGAUUACCUGAUGAAAUGUGGACAGCGCGUGUAGUUUGUCAGUACUUUUCGGAAUUGUUCCACGUAUUCAGCCUUUGGUGGGGAGGCCGAAGGAAAUGAUCUAUCACAGGAACAGCUUCCUGCCGUGCCGCCCUGGUUGCCGUCGGCUGAGCAGAAAUGGAGGUGGUCGGCACAAGUUACCAGGUCAAGGGGCUACCCCCCACCCCGUUUUUAGUUAACCCCCAAUCCACUGCCGCAUUGCAGCGUCACCCCUAGACCCCAGGGUCUGACCCCCAGGCUCAGCCCCCACGUCAACACACCCCUCCCAAAAGACGUCCCUAAUCCCACCUGGACCCAGGUGUCCCCUAGCUUCUGUCCCCAGCCCCACGCAGCUGGCCCUCCCCUUCCUUGCCCCGGCUGCCUUGGGGGCUGUGGUGAGCCUGGUUCCCCAUUUAUACGAAAUCCGGGGACUUCGUACCCCUUUUCCCACGCACAUUCCCUUUCCCGGACUCGGGGAUCCAGACCCCCGCAGCCCAGCCCCUGACGAACCUGGCACAGUCAGCCGCGCUAGCAGCACGAUUAGGAGGAGCGCGCGGGCAGGGGGUCCCCCGCGCCGCCACAUCUCGGGGUCUCGGUUGACUUUCGGGGUGACGCAGCCGCCUCGCCCUGCCUGCCUCCCAGACGGGAUCCCGAAGCGGACCAUCCCGGGCCGGUUUUCCUUCCCCGCUCCGCCGGAGAUCCGGCAGGAGACGGCGGCCGUGGGCGCCGCGGCCCGGCGGCGUUGGGGGCGCGAGGGGGUGGCCCUCCCUGCUGGCGUAGCCACCGCCUCGAACGGACCUCGGCGCGGUCAGUACCGCCCGGGCCUCGCGGUCCCCCGGCCGCCCGCGGCAGGGAAACCCCCGGAGGCGGAGCUGUCCCGCCCCGCGCCCCCGCGCAGCGCCGCGCCCCGAGCCUUCAUCGAGGGGGCGGCCAGAAGGGUUUGAAGAAACCGAAAGGAAACGCAGGCGGCAGGGUCCGGCGGGCAGUGACCUCCCCCACCCCCACCCCGGGGUGACUCGGCUCGGCUCCGGGGCGCCGCCCGCCCUCCCGCCCCAAGUCGGUAGGCGGGAGCCUCUCUCCAAGGUGCUUUCACUUCCCGGGGCCGGGCUGGGCGCAGUGGAACCCAGUCUCAUGGCCGGGGCGAAGGCGGCAGAGACGCGGGCCGCGCACCCACGGGGCAGGGCAGCGACCGCGCACGUGGGGCCCGCGGGGCCGUGGCCACCCGAGGGGUGGGCCGCGGGAUCGGGUGGCCCUGACGUCACCCCCGCCCCCCCCCGUGGUAUUUACCUUCGAAAAGUGGUGGCGGCUGCAGGUACCGGAGUCGUGGGCGGCCGGGAGGGGCGAGGUCUGCCCGGGCGCACCGCCAAACCGGUCCAAGCCAAGAGAUGCCCCGACCCUCUUCCCGCCUCUCGCGCCCCACAGACGGAUCCCAAAUUCUUCCCUCCUCGCCCAGCCCUUCCCGAUGGGAUUAACCCUCCCUCAUCCCCAUCCCCAUUUCAAACCUGACUUUUGAGGGUCUGAGUCCCCAAAAUUUGAGCCCCUGAGUGCUUCUCCUCUACCCUAAUCUCCCACUUCCUAGCUUAACCUCCCAUCCUCAUCUCCAAACUCUCAUCCUCAGUCCUGAAACUGUAUUCUCACUUCCUAACACUCAUAGCUGACUCCACCUUAAACUACUCUCAGACUCGCCCCAGCCCCCCCAACUCUCUCACCACCACCCCCUUCCUCACGGUAUACCCCCUUCCUCUGCUCAGUCCGGGCCCAGGCCCUGUGCCCCGAAGACAUGGAGUUUGUGUCCGGAUACCGGGAUGAGUUCCUUGAUUUCACUGCCCUCCUCUUUGGCUGGUUCCGCAAGUUCAUGGCGGAGCGCAGGGCUGUAGGGACCAGCCUCGAGGGCCGCCGGCGACAGCUGGAGGCUCAGAUCAGAAGGCUGCCCCAGGACCCGGCCCUUUGGGUGCUCCAUGUCUUGCCCAACCGCAGUGUGGGCAUCAGCCUGGGGCAAGGGGCAGAACCAGGCGCUGGGCCAGGCCUGGGGGCUGCUCAGCUCCUGGGUGAUGAGCUCCCACUCCAUCUGCGAGACCUGAGCCCCUAUGUCAGCUUUGUCAGCCUGGAGGAUGGGGAGGAAGGAGAGGGGGAGGAGGAGGAAGAUGAGGAGGAAGGGAAUGGAGAAGAGGAGGAUGCAGGCACAGAGAAGGGGGAACCACAGGAGGACGGGGAGUCAGCCGUGACCAGCAGGGAGUCCCCCCAGGAAGCAAACCCUCCAGGGGAGCCAGAGGAGGCUGAGCAGGAGGCGAGAGGUGGUGAGGAUGGCUGCCGAGAGGACAGAGCAGAGGACGAAAUGGGGCCUGAGAAGAGGAAAGGAUGGAGAAGUGAGGCUGCUCCUUUGCACGUCUCCUGCCUCUUACUGGUGACAGAUGAACAUGGUACCAUCUUGGGCAUUGACCUUCUAAUGGAUGGAGCCCCCGGGAGUGCAGGCCAGGGCUCAGGGACAGAGAAUCCAACCCACCUGGCACCUCGGGCCUAUUCACUCCUCUGCCACAGCAUGGCCUGCCCCAUGGGGUCUGGGGACCCCCGAAAGCCCCGACAGCUUACUGUGGGAGACCCCCAGCUGCAUCGAGAGCUGGAGAGCUUGGUCCCGAGACUGGGAGUGAAGUUAGCCAAGACCCCAAUGCGGACAUGGGGUCCCCGGCCAGGCUUCACCUUUGCCUCCCUUCGGGCUCGAACCUGCCAUGUUUGUCACAGGCAUAGCUUUGAAGUGAAGUUGACACCUUGCCCCCAGUGUAGUGCUGUGCUGUACUGUGGAGAGGCUUGUCUCCGGGCCGACUGGCGGCGGUCCCCAGACGACGUGAGCCACCGAUUCUGGUGCCCAAGGCUUGCAGCUUUCAUGGAGCGGGCAGGAGAACUGGCAACCCUGCCUUUUACCUACACCGCAGAAGUGACCAGUGAAUCUUUUAACAAGGAGGCCUUCUUGGCCUCACGGGGCCUCACUCGUGGCUACUGGACCCAGCUCAGCAUGCUGAUUCCUGGCCCCGGCACCCCCAGGCACCCCCAGGGCAGCACGCCGUCUCUCAGCCUUCUUCUCAGUGGUGCAUGGGGGGAUCCCUACCAGCUUCUCCAGGGGGACGGACCUGCCUUGAUGCCUCCUGUACCCCCAGAUCCACCAAGAGGCCCCUUUGUCUCCUGGCAGGAUUACUACACAUGGCGGGGCCUCGGCUUGGACUCCCCCAUGGCCGUGCUUCUCACCUACCCUCUGACAGUGUACUACAUCAUCACCCACCUUGUGCCCCAGUCCUUCCCUGAGCUCAACAUUCAGAACAAACAGUCACUGAAGAUCCACGUGGUGGAGGCCGGGAAGGAGUUUGACCUCAUCAUGGUGUUUUGGGAGCUCUUGGCCCUGCUGCCCCAUGUGGCCCUGGAGCUGCUGUUUGUGGGCGACGGCCUGCCCCCCGAGAGUGACCAGCAGCAUUUUACUCUACAGAGGGAUGGCCCUGAGGUGUCUGUCCGCCCUGGAUCUGGGGUAUCGGCACGGCUCAGCUCUGGGACCAAGGAAAAGGGGGGCCGCAGGGACUUGCAGAUCAAGGUGUCAGCACGGCCCUACCACCUGCUCCAGGGGCCCAAGCCGGACCUGGUGAUUGGAUUUAACUCUGGCUUUGGUCUCAAGGACACUUGGCUGAGCUCUCUGCCCCGGUUACAGUCCCUCCGGGUGCCCGCCUUCUUCACCGAGAGCAGCGAGUACGGCUGCGUGAUGGACGAGCAGACCAUGGCGGUGGCCACGGGAGGGGGCACCAGCCCGCCGCGGCCCAACCCCUUCCGCGCCCCCUUUCGCCUCAGAGCGGCGGACAACUGCAUGCCCUGGUACUGCAACGCCUUCAUCUUCCACCUGGUCUACAAGCCCCCGCAGGGCGGUGGGGCCCGCCCGGCGCCCGGCCCCGCGCCCCCGGCCCCGACCCCCGCGGCCCCUCCCGCCCCAGCCCGAAGGCGCCGCGGGGAGAAGAAGCCCCGGCGGGGGUCCCGCCGGCGGAGGUGAGGGCUGCGCGGGUCGCAGGCCACCACCCCCCCCCCCACUCGCCGCGCUGCAGAAAGGAAAAACCUGAGAAAACCCAAGGCCGAGGGGGAGGCCUGGUUGGCGGAACACGGAAAGGUGAAUGAAAUUACUUGUUUGAACUCA